CAGUGAAACCAAGACAACAGCUGCGGGCUGUGCGCGAGCGGGCGGAGCAGCCCCGGGAGCCCGAGCGGAGCGAGCGUGGGGCGGUAGCGGCCUGCGGUUGUAAGAUGGGGACUGAGAACAAGGAGGUAAUUCCCAAGGAAGAAAUUUCUGAAGAAUCUGAGCCACCUGGGGCAAUAUUAGGAAAACUUCCAAAGGUAGUUUACGAGGGUCACGAGUUUGGAGUGGCAUGUGAAGACAGCUUGUCAGAAGGGCAUUCAAGAGAGUCCACGGAAGAGAUUAUGGAGCAGAUGUCUCCUGAGGAGAGAGACUUUGAAUCAGGGCUGAUUAUCUUUAAGAAAUCACCCUCAAGUGAGAAAGACCAGGAGAAUGAAAGUGAGAGAGUCUACAGUCCCAGCCCAAACCUGAUUACACAUCAGGGAGAUAUUACAUCACAGACAGUUAGUACAUUUGCUACCUCUGGCCAAAACUUCAUAGAGAAUUUAGAACCUAACAAAACAAAGAGAAGUUCUGUGGGAGAAAAGCCUCAUACAUGCAAAGAAUGUGGGAAAUCCUUUAAUCAGAAUUCACAUCUUAUCCAGCAUAUGAGAGUUCAUAGUGGAGAGAAACCCUUUGAAUGCAAAGAAUGUGGAAAAACAUUUGGAACUAACUCAAGCCUUCGCAGGCACCUGAGAAUUCAUGCUGGAGAGAAGCCCUUUGCUUGUAAUGAAUGUGGAAAGGCCUUCAUUCAGAGUUCACAUCUUAUCCACCAUCAUAGAAUUCAUACUGGAGAGAGACCUUAUAAAUGUGAAGAAUGUGGUAAAGCCUUCAGUCAGAAUUCAGCCCUUAUUCUACAUCAAAGAAUCCACACUGGAGAGAAACCAUAUGAAUGUAAUGAAUGUGGGAAAACCUUUAGGGUUAGUUCACAGCUUAUUCAGCAUCAGAGAAUUCAUACCGAAGAAAGAUAUCAUGAAUGCAGCGAGUGUGGCAAAGCCUUCAAGCAUAGCUCAGGCCUUAUUAGACACCAGAAAAUUCAUACUGGAGAAAAACCAUAUCUUUGUAACGAAUGUGGAAAAGGCUUUGGUCAGAGUUCUGAGCUUAUCCGGCAUCAAAGAAUUCAUACAGGUGACAAACCAUAUGAAUGUAAUGAAUGUGGAAAAACUUUUGGCCAGAACUCAGAGAUUAUUAGACAUAUUAGAAUUCAUACCGGUGAGAAGCCUUAUGUAUGUAAAGAAUGUGGGAAGGCCUUUAGGGGGAACUCAGAACUUCUUAGACAUGAGAGAAUUCACACUGGAGAGAAACCCUAUGAAUGCUUUGAGUGUGGAAAGGCUUUUAGGCGGACUUCCCAUCUUAUUGUCCAUCAGAGAAUUCAUACUGGAGAGAAACCUCAUCAGUGCAAUGAAUGUGCAAGAACCUUCUUGGAUAAAUCUGAGCUUCUUCUCCACCAGAAAAUUCACAUUGGAGAGAAACCUUAUAAAUGUAAUGAGUGUGGGAAAACAUUUAGCCAGCAUUCUCAACUUAUCAUCCAUCAGAGAAUUCACACUGGAGAGAAGCCUUACGAGUGCCAAGAAUGUCAGAAGACCUUUAGUCGGAGCUCUCACCUCCUCCGACAUCAAAGUGUUCACUGUAUGGAUUGAUUUGCAAAAUAGGAAGGCUUUCUGUGGAAAAGCUGAAGUUAGACUUAUUCAUAACCUACACCCCAAUUUUUCAGAUCAAAUGAAUGAACAGAACCUCCUCUGAUCUGGUUUUAAUUUAAACAUUUGGUCAAAUAGUAUGAGGCACUUUUAUGAGUUAUUCAUUUAGAAGUUUCAGUGUACUGAGUUAAAUUAUAAAAGCUGUUUCAGGUCUUAAUUCUUCCCUGCCCCUCUUUCCUUCUCUUCUUCCUCCCCUAGUGGGUCACAUACAUUAGGGGUCUACAUACCAGCCAUCUAGCCUCAAUUUGUACUCAUCAGGAAAACUGGAGGAAUGUGAUUCCUCCACUUCCUAAGAAUGGGAGUCAACUCUUUGAAUGUUAUCUCCUAAAGUGCUAGAAAGUUGCAGCCUAGAAGACACACUUUGUUCUCUUGUCCCAACAAUUAGCACUGGAAUAAUUUAGUAAGCUUUUAUUAGCUUCAGAAUCUUUCAAACAUGCUAUCAAGUUCCCAAUGAAGAUGGCAGCACUAAUGAAAUGGAAAUCUGGGUCAUUUAAUAACUCCUUCUCAAAAAGGUUUCCCGGAUGGAGGAAACUGACAGGCAGUUUAUAGGAUCAUAAGUAAAGGCCCUUAGAAUCUAGAGGGGCUGGUGAGCAAGGCCAGGGGAUGAAAAACAUGUGAGGCCAGACUAUUCAGCAUGGGCAGAGCAGCUGUUUAGCAGCUAUUUCACACUGGGCUACUCAGGCUGACUGCUCCCAAGAACUUAGCUGCAUUCACUUUUGGCCCCAGCUCCUGCUGCUGCAGACAGAUACCAUGUCAGGAAGCAGCAGAGAGCACAGUGCAGCUUUACUGUCACCAGGCACCUGGCCACAGUGGUGAACCGGUUCACCUGACUGACCAGGGCCACCUUGCCAAAGCACUUAAUACUCUCGUGACCUGGAUCCCAAUGGACUGAUAGGCCUCUUCUCAUUUUGCCCUUGGCCUUGGAAUUAUCUCUCUUCAGCAUCUCUACAUGAAUUUUCUGUGUUCCUCCUAUGUGUUUUUCCUUUGAGGAAACACAUCCUCAUUUUUCCACGUGUCCAUGUUUCCGAGGCAGUGGGUGGGAGUGGGAAUUGCACUAAUGGGGACCUGGCAGUCUUAGGGUCUGGCUUUAGAGCUAGACUUUGAGUAAGGCACUUCACCUGCUGGUUCCUAAUUUUCUCUAAAAUUAGGGGAGUUGAACUAAACCAAUCCAGUAGUUCUUUGGUUCUUUUUAAAAUCUAACUUUAUAUACCUUAAGUGUUCUAUUUUUAAUUUUUUCUUUAUUACUCUAAUACUAAUCACUAGUAUUUAUUGUGUUUCCUAUAUGCCAGGCACAAUGCCAGUUUACACUUUUAUUUUCACAGCAUAUCUAUGAUCUAGGUAUUCUUAGUCUUUUUAAAAACAGCUUUUUGAGCAUACCAUACAUACCAUAAAAUUCACCUGUUUUAAGUGUUGAGUUGAAUUCUUUUUAGUUGGUUUACAGUUGCACACCCAUCAAUAAUGUGGGUAGUCCCACUCCAGUUUAAAAGAUGAGGAGGGGCAGGAGGGAUGUUAAGUAACUUACCCAUGAUCACACAGCUGGUAAGAGCCCAAACUCCAACCCUGGUCUGUGUUCUUAACCACUGUGCUGUGCUGUGGCUAGGUGGAUCUAUUACUGACUUAUUUGAAAACAUUCGCACAUUUUGUAUUAUUAUUGCUUCAUGGACUUGAAUAUAAAGGAUUUAUAUCAUGUACUUCGGAAAAUAACUGGUCACAGCCAAACCCCACCAAGUGGAUUUGUUCUGUACCCCAGUAUAUGAUCUCCCAGGUUCAUACCCUUGGCUUGAGAAAAGCCUGUACAAAUAAACAGCUAAUUUCACAGUUUCUACAUCCUUUCAGGUACUUCUGCCUCUAACAGUCAAAUUAGCACAAGUUCUUUAACUUACCUCUUUAUGUAGGGUGAUUACAAGUGCAGUGUAAUCUCAAGCUCAAAUUGAAUUAUACCCAGAUCAUAUCUUUCUCACAGGAAACCUCGGUGUCACCUAUCCCUUUAACUUCUGAUUUCUGUGUUUGCAUAUUUUAUUUCUACAUUUAACCCUUACCAGCCCUUAAUUUAGAUCCCAGCACCUCUCCAAGCUCCCCCCAAAGAAUCCCCUCACACAAACACAUCCAUGAGGAAUAUGACUUUCCUGAAGACGCUGUUGCGUAAGAGGUGGAGAAGGGGGUUCACAUCCUAUGAGACAUUUGACCUCAGACGUCCCUUGGCCAAACCGCCACUGAAGUUUUUCUCAGUCCUCCCUCAGGGCUCUGUCACCUUGGCUACCCCCCCCCCCUUUUUUUUUCUUCAGAUACCCAAGCCCUGCCCUCUGCGCAAUUACCUUCUUACACCCCCUGCUCAGCAAAAGAAAAGAUCCUUCAGUUAACAGUCACUCAUUGGGACAUCCGUUAGUAGGCAAUGAAGUGACCAACUUGUAUGUACCUGAGCCUAUUGGGGGGUAGGUCUCACAUUUCAUUUCAAGAAGAAUCUUCCAACAAGAGGAAUUCUGGUGAAUGAAAUUAUUUCCACAUAGUACUAUAAAAUUCACCUUGUUAUAAUAGUACUAAUUGUUUCCACACAUCCAGUAACCUCAUUCCCUGCGAUUGUCCACCUCCGUUACCUCUGGGUUUCUCCUUGUUUGCCUCCCUCCCUCUCAAUUGGGAGUCAAAACCUGACCAUAAUGCUGACUGGUAGACAUGAUUUUGUGCAAGUAAAAUUCUAUCAAGGAAGAGAAAAAAGUGUAUUUUUUAAAUUUUAGAUCCAUUUUAAAAACCAGGUCUCAUAAUCUCAAAGGCCGCCUAAAUUCCCACAAAGACCUUCAGAAUUUUUGCAGCUAUGCUCAUGUAUGUUUUCAUCCUUCCCUAAUUAAACGGUUUUACUGGUAUGCUAACUUUUGGAUAAGUAAAGUAUUUCUUCUAAAGUACAUUGUUUCAUUACGGCCUAAAUAUGAUUUUGUAUAACAGCCCCUAUCCUGUAAGUGUCGCCCUUACCUUAGUACCCUGCCCUGUUGUGCUCUGUUAGUGUCUGGUUUUGCAUACGCUGAUCACUCUGUCCUUGAUCUUCUGUUCUGCUUAGUGAGAUCCUUUACCUUCAUAAUGGGACAAGUGUUACCUAUUUGUGUCUGUGUGUGUAGUUUUUCGUGAUUAACAACUUAAUGUAAGAUACUCUGAGAAUUUGGAGGUUCUUUUUCGUGUGUGUGUGUGUGUGUUUUAAAAAUAUAUUUUUUAAUUGAUUUCAGAGAGGAAGGGAGGAGGAGGAGAGAGAAACAUCGAUGAUGAGAGAGAAUCAUUGAUGGGCUUCCUCCUACACACCUCCUUUUGGGGAUUGAGGCUGAAACCAGGGCAUAGGACGAUUCUGGUAAUAACCCAAGGAAGGAACCUCAGUAGUGCAGAUGGAUGCACAUUCGUCAGCCACUUGCUGAGCAACUGUUAGGCAAUGAGACCAGUUCUGGGUUCGGGGGCUAAGCACUAAGAGGCUGGUGAGGACAUGAGCAAUCUACCAUCGACCUGAUUGAGGGUGAGGCUCGAUUCCCAGUCAGGGCACAUGCCCAGUUUGCAGGCUCGAU